UUUGAGGAACCUGUUAAUGAUAAUGGUGUUCUCACUUGCCAGGAAGCAGACAGUGUUCUAAGUUCGACCCUGUUUAAAGGUGAGGAUUUGUUGCACAACAUCUGGGUCAACUAUCCCCCUCACCCAAUACAAAUGCAAGAGCCGCAGGGGGACCGAAAGUGGAUCAAAUCCUUCCCAAUCCUUACUAAUUUAUCCAAGUUUGAGGAGUCCAUUGGUGUGCACUUCAACCACAUCCGCCUGUUGGCUCGAGCCUUCACUGACCGCAGCAUCGGCUUCAACAACCUUACUCUAGGAUCAAAUCAGCGUCUGGAGUUUUUGGGAGACACAGUCCUCCAGUUGGUGGCGUCUGAGUACUUAUAUAAAUAUUUUCCCGAACAUCAUGAAGGCCACCUCUCAUUACUCCGUUCAUCUCUGGUAAACAACCGGACCCAGGCUGUGGUAUGUGAUGACUUGGGGAUGACAGCAUAUGCAAUGUAUUCACACUUGAAGACAGAGUUGAAAACAAAGGAUCGUGCUGAUUUGCUGGAAGCAUUUCUUGGGGCCCUCUACAUUGAUAGGGGUCUAGACUACUGCCGCGCCUUCUGUCAGGUGUGUUUCUUCCCACGGUUGCAUCAAUUCAUCAUGAACCAGGAUUGGAACGAUCCCAAGAGCAAAUUGCAGCAGUGUUGCUUGACCCUGAGGACUAUGGAUGGAGGGGAACCUGACAUUCCCAUUUACAAAGUUAUUGAGUGCAAGGGCCCCACCAACACACGUGUGUACACCGUAGCUGUGUAUUUUCGUGGACGACGUUUGGCCAAGGCGUCGGGGCAUUCGAUUCAGCAAGCGGAGAUGAAUGCAGCUCGAGAAGCUCUCCUCAACUCCAAAGAGCUGUUCCCGCAGCUGGACCACCAACGUAGAGUUAUCGAGAAGAGCGUCAAGAUCCAGGGCGUCUCGAAACUUGGCUCGCCACACAGAGAGAGAGAUCGGGGCAGAGACAAAGACCGGGAGAGGGAGAGGUCCGGACGGGGAUACAGAAGGGAGGAGGAAAGGCGAGGAGAUAAGGAGCGCGGCAGAGAAAGGGAGAAGCUAUGGGAGGAGAGGCACAAGGAAGGAGAAAGAAGCAGAGGUGGAGAUAGUAGAGGCCGAGUGUUUGGGGAGAGGGAUCAGCUGGCCGGAGACAGGGAGAGAGACAGCGAGAGGAAUAAGGCGAACGAGAGGGACAAAUUUAGCAGGGAAAGGGACAAGCCGGGUGGGGAGAGAGAUAGACUAACAGGAGAGAGAGAGAGGCUACCAGGGGAGAGAGACAGACCGUACAGUGACCGAAGCAGAAGUACCGGAGACCGGAAAUACAAAUUAAUGUCAGACGAGGAGAGGAGAUACAGAUCAGAUGCAGAAAAAUUACACGACGACAGGGAGCCAUCCGAAGAAUCGAAAUUGCGUACAUGCACAAAGAGCAUGUCAAGAGAAAAUGCAGACUCGGACCGAAAUCGAGAGAAGUACAAGAGCUACAUGAGAAUGCCAUCUGCUGAGCACCACCUAAAACCAACCAGGAAUUCCAGGAGCGAUUCCAGUGCGAAGCCCUCGCGCUCAGCUUGGUAAUUUAGAUAUUUUCAUUUCCAGAUAUGCCUUGUGAUCAUCCAAACAUUCCUCGUCGAAUGACAGUUCGGCUAUCAUGCUUGUCAGGGGUCUUUGCUUACAACGGUCAUAUUUAUUGUUGAGAAAAAAUGAUUUGCUAGUCAUGAAUUAAGACCUCAGGAUCGGUAACUUAUUAUUUUAAAUGCUGAAAUGCCUUUUGCUUAAAACAAAGAAAUCCCAUGAUAUUCUUGAGUAUUGCCGAAGUCUGUAACCAGUGAAUUUUGUGAUACAAUCAAUCAAGCGACAAGUAUUAAGGUUCUUAAAACAAGUUGUAAAAUUAAUGUCUUUCAAGACGGUGUAGGGAGUAUAUUCUAUUAUUAUUUAUGUUACCUAAAACGUAUGUGAAUAUGGCAUAAUACCUUGAAUA